UUUGUGCCGUUUUUGGAAGCCGGUGAGAACAAAUUCGUUUUUUCUCUCCUGUUUUUGACACCCAUUGAUAACAUGAAACUUUUCUUGCAGCUGGUUACCGGGAUAAUUUUUAAGCAAAAUACUUUUUUCCUCCUUUAUAUUAACUAUGACUUUUGCACAUUUGAUUUUUUUAAAAAACCGAGAUAAUUUUAUGAUAGAUAUCCUGAUAUCUAUAUAUUAUCCCUUCUUCCUUCCCCCCCCUCCCCGUAAAUCAAUUUUCAAAUGAUGGCAGUGGAAGGUUUUUCUGGAAAAAAAAAUGAAGUGCGGUUUGGUUUCCUUGUCAACGGAGGAUGAAGUGAACAGCUGAGCAGCUCGCAGAGAGCAGGAUUAAAACAAAGUGAGCCAACCAUGACUGGCAAAACACAGACCAGCAAUGUCACCAAUAAGAAUGACCCCAAGUCCAUCAACUCCCGUGUUUUCAUCGGCAAUCUAAAUACAGCCAUUGUCAAAAAAGUUGACAUUGAAGCCAUUUUCUCAAAGUACGGAAAAAUAGUCGGAUGCUCAGUUCACAAAGGGUAUGCCUUUGUACAGUACAUGAGUGAGCGGCACGCGAGAGCUGCCGUGGCUGGAGAAAACGCCAGGAUCAUCGCCGGCCAACCACUCGAUAUCAACAUGGCAGGAGAACCCAAACCCUACAGACCCAAACCUGGAAACAAGAGGCCCCUUUCUGCACUUUAUAGACUUGAGUCAAAGGAGCCUUUCCUGUCUGUUGGUGGUUAUGUCUUUGACUAUGAUUACUACAGAGAAGAUUUCUACAAUCGGUUAUUUGAUUACCAUGGGCGUGUGCCUCCACCUCCCCGUGCAGUAAUUCCACUGAAGCGCCCCCGAGUGGCCGUCACAGCGACUCGCAGGGGAAAAGGAGUCUUUUCCAUGAAAGGGGGAUCAAGAUCUACCGUCAGUGGGUCGUCUUCAUCAGGCUCCAAAUUGAAAUCAGAUGAGUUACAGACAAUCAAGAAAGAAUUAACCCAGAUCAAAACGAAAAUUGACUCCUUGCUAGGGCGCCUGGAGAAAAUUGAGAAGCAGCAGAAGGCGGAGGCAGAAGCUCAGAAGAAGCAAUUGGAAGAGAGUAUAGAGCUGAUCCAAGAUGAAUGUGUGUCAGAGAAUGCAGAUCACUCUACAGAGGAGCCUGCUGAAGGAGGGCCAGAUGCGGAUGGAGAAGAGAUGACUGAUGGGAUAGAGGAGGACUUCGAUGAAGAUGGGGGUCAUGAGCUGUUUCUACAGAUAAAGUGAUCUGAAGUAAUGAAUGAUGUCAUGAGAACAGAAAAGAGAAACUGUGACAACCCCCCGAAAUGUGAACGGAGGUUUCUUACUGGAUUGCAACUUCUUUGAUUCAAUUUAUUAAAAAAAAAAACCCAAAUAAGUAAAAUGGACAGUAUUGUUCAAUUUUAGAAAUUCCACUUCUUCUAUGUUCUAAGCUAUAUAAUUGUCAGAUUUUUAUGGUUUAGAUUGUAAAUGUGUUUUCCCCUUUGCUAAUUAUGUUGUGGGUUUUUUUUAAGUCUUUAAAAGUCUUAAAAUGUGAAGGACAUUUAUGAAUGGUAAGGGAGACACUGUAUACAAAUGUAUAUUUGUAAAAGCUAUUUUUAUGAUUAGCAUGUUUUACUGUUGAUCAUAUAUAAAGUCAGGUGAUACUGCAAUUCUAUGUUUAAAGCUUAUUUCCAACACUGUCAUGUAAGAAAAGAUACAUUGUAAGCUAGUUUUUAUAAUUUAUUUUUAAUUUAUAGUUUAAAGUACUUUAGAUCAUAAUGAUAAAAUACUUGAAAAGGUUAUAUUUCUGCCCUCCACAAGCACCACUUUUAUGAAUAAAGAAUGCAAAUAUUUCAGUGAUUCAAUAGCGAAAGGACUGUUGCUUUGAUGCGUGAUUAAAUUGAGCAUUCUCUACUCAACUGAAAUGAUCCAACUGUUACCCAAUACUUCAGUCUGAGUAGGAGAUCCUAUGGACAGAUUAAUGCCAAUAUAGGUAAAAACUAUACUGGCAGGGAAAGAUUGUCUUGUCUUUGGUUCCCAAAAGUUAAAUAGUGUGUAUAUCACUUCACUGCAUCUCCUAUCACUAGGAACGCUCCAUUCCCAAGCAUUGCAAGUGUUUUCCAGAUGCUCUUUGCUGUUGUCUUGUGCUGUGGAAAUGGAAGAACCCAUUUUCACAGACUGUAGGAAAAUUCAGCAUAUAAUUUCUUAAUAAAUACUGUUUCUUUUAAAACAAA